GUGCCUACUAUACUCCGACAACAACGACAUAAGAAUAGUACACGGUGGCCGCAUUCCUUUGACUAGCCUUAAAUCGCACUCCUAGUUCACAUAAAAGACCCAUUCAAUUUUCAAACUGUCCUGCACCGCACAAAAGAUGUCGACGGGGUGGUCAGUCUUCUGACACUCCUUUGCGCGCGCACCUUCCGUCAUUCGUCGUCUUGUUGACCCGGCCGCCAGCGUCCUCCUUUUAAAGAGCUGGCAGCAGCGCCGUCAUUCUCCCCAACGUCUCCGCUGGCCGGCGUACCGUUUCGUCCAUAGGACAACCAUCUCCCAGGCUCAAAGUCGAGCGCCCGUCUCUACACCCUCCUCCGGCCGCCCUCGCCUCCGCAUAUCGUCAGAAUGGCUUCACGGCCAAACAGGAUCCGGCCAAUCCGGAGGCCGGUAAUGAACAGAGACACCACCGAAUUCGAGCCCUGCUGGGAGAUCCUGCGAGACGCCCUGACCGACAUACACAACAAGAACGCCAGCCGCCUCUCGUUCGAGCACCUCUACCGAGCCUCAUACAAGAUUGUGCUGCGCAAAAAGGGCCACCUUCUGUACGAGAGGGUCAAGUCCUUUGAGGAAGAUUGGUUUCGUGUCCACGUCCUGCCCAACAUUGCCGACCUCAUCUCCAACAACUUGGUCAGCAUUGCGCUGCUGCAGAUGCCAGGCUCGAGCGCCCACGAACGACGACAGACGGGCGAGCGCUUCCUCAGGGGGAUCCGCAGCACCUGGGAAGACCACAACAUGUCGAUGAACAUGAUUGCCGACAUCCUCAUGUACCUCGAGCGCAUCUACACGGCUGAAUCCAAACAGCCUUCCAUCUUUGCAACCACCAUCGGUCUGUUUAGAGACCAUAUUCUGCGGAAUAGUCUAGGCAGUGCUGCAGAGCAGUUGGACCAGCCAUUCACCAUCUUUGACAUCGUCAACGCUGUCAUGCUCGACCUGAUCAACAUGGAGAGGGACGGGGACAUUAUCGACCGCUCGCUUCUGCGCCAGAUCAGCUCCAUGUUGGAGGAUCUGUACGAGACGGACGACGAGAUCGAGAACACGAAGCUCUAUCUGACCGUCUUCGAGCCGCGCUUCCUUAGCGCGAGCGAGGCAUUCUAUCGGAAGGAGUGCGAAAAGCUGCUUCGCGAAGCCAACGCCAGCACCUGGCUCCGCCAUACCCAGCGACGCCUCGUCGAGGAGCAGGAGCGCUGCGGCACGUCACUAUCCAUCCUAACAAGUGACAAAAUCGCCAGCGUCGUCGAGAAAGAACUCAUCUCGGCAAGGCUGGAUGACUUCCUGGCCAUGGAGGGGAGCGGCAUGAAGUCAAUGAUUGACAACGACCGUUACGAGGACCUAUCCCUCCUCUACCACCUCGUUUCCAGAAUCGACAAGUCUAAAAACGCACUGAAGGUUAUCCUGCAGGGACGGGUCAUGGACCUUGGUCUCGAGAUUGAACAGACGCUCAAAAACACAGAUUUCUCUGCUCCACCCGCGGAUGCUGCUGCUGAGGCAGACGACGCAGGCGAAGGCGGCGACAAGGCCAAGGCGCAGCCUCUGGGUGCAGCAGCCCAGCAGACAGCCGCUGCGGUCAAGUGGGUUGAUGAUGUCCUACAGCUUAAGGACAAGUUUGACAUUAUAUCGACAAACUGCUUCGACCAGGACCUCGUCCUGCAGUCUGCUGUAACCAAGAGCUUUGCCGAUUUCAUCAACAUGUUCAAUCGCUCUUCCGAGUUCGUGUCGCUCUUCAUUGACGACAAUCUAAAACGCGGCCUCAAGGGCAAGUCAGAUGAGGAGGUCGAGGCUGUCCUGAACAAGGCAAUUGUGCUGCUUCGCUAUCUCGCCGACAGAGACAUGUUUGAGAGGUACUACCAAAAGCAUCUCGCCCGGAGAUUGCUCCACAACAAGUCCGAGAUACACAUCGAAAAGGAGCUGGUCCGCAGAAUGAGGGCAGAGAUGGGCAACCACUUUACAGCCAAGUUCGAGGGCAUGUUCAAAGACAUGGAACUGUCCAAGGACCUGUCAGAAAACUACCGGGACCACAUCCGAAACCUCGGGGAUGCCGAUGUCAAGAAAAUUGACCUCGGCAUCCAUGUCCUUACCACCAACAACUGGCCGCCCGAGGUCAUGGGCCGUGGUGCUCUCCAGGAAGAUGGCGCUAAGGCGGAGUGCAUCUUCCCUCCGGCCAUAAAACGUCUCCAAGAGAGCUUCUUCAAGUACUACCUCAAAGACCGAAGCGGCAGAGUUCUGACCUGGGUAGCAUCCGCCGGAACCGCAGACAUCAAAUGCGUCUUCCCGAAGGUCCCUGGCAAGGAAACCGGCCCCUUAAGCAAGGAACGACGCUACGAGCUGAACGUUUCGACAUACGGCAUGAUAGUGCUCAUGCUCUUCAACGACCUGCCCGAGGGCAAGCAGAGCCUAUCAUUCGAGGAGAUCCAGGCCAAGACCAACAUCCCCACACAAGACCUCAUCCGCACGCUAGGCUCGCUCUCAAUACCGCCCAAAUCCCGAGUCCUCGCCAAGGAUCCGCCCUCCAAGAAUAUCAAGACGUCGGACAGCUUCUCGUUCAACGCGCAGUUUGCCAGCAAGACCAUCAAGAUCAAGGCCCCCGUCAUCAGCAGCACGUCCAAGGUAGAAGGGGAUGAGGAACGGAAGGAUACAGAACGCAGGAAUGACCAGACAAGGGCUCAUGUUAUUGAUGCUGCGAUUGUCAGGAUUAUGAAGUCAGUUCCCCCUUCCCCGGUCAACAUCUCUCCCUGACAUGCUCUGCUGGUACCGGUACUAACAAGCUGGUUGCAGACAACGCAAGGAACUAGCCCACACCCGGCUGAUCACCGAGGUGAUUGGCCAGCUGGCGGGGCGGUUCAAGCCUGAAAUAAGCCUCAUCAAGAAGCGCAUAGAGGACUU